AUGAACAUCAGAGAGCAAGACAGAUGGCUGCCUAUUGCGAACGUGGGGAGAGUAAUGCGCGAUGCCCUACCUCCACAGGGAAAAUUGUCCAAACAGGCCAAACAGUGCAUGCAGGAGUGUGUUUCUGAGUUUAUCUCUUUCAUCACCUCGCAGGCAGCAGAAAAAUGUUCCAUUGAGAAACGCAAGACUUUGAACGGCGAAGACAUCCUGUUUGCUAUGUACUCAUUGGGUUUUGAGAACUACGCGGAGACACUAAAGAUAUAUCUUGCUAAGUACCGUGAGUUUGAAGUCACAGAAAGUGAAGUUCGGCGCGAGAAAUACAAGCAGCGCACCGGAAAAAGCACCAACCCGCCGGUCCAACAGGACGAGACUGGCACGGUGGACAACAACGAUGACAACGAAGAGGACGACGAUGACGACGAGUUCCUCACGUACGAAAACGACAUCCAGUUCGAGGAGUGGUGA